AUGGUUAAAAUGUUUCUAGAUUUAGUUGGGGACCACUAUAGUUUUACAUCCAACCCAAUUCAAGUACCUGACAACGAUCCACUCGAUAAUUGUUCUUCUGACUCGCAUGGCACUCAUGUUGCUGGAAUCGUUGCUGCAAAUGCCACAGGAAUAUCUCAAACUGGUUACAUACCAGCUGUGCCCUUUCUUGGUGUCGCUCCUCAGGCAACUCUCGGCGCAUGUAAUGAUGGUGCCCAAGGUGUUCAAACAGGCAUUACUCCAGCUAUUUCAUUGGGUGCAAUCGCAGUAGCUUCAGUAGACAGUUCACAAUCAGUUGGGUACUACAUAAUAGCACCUGAUGGUAAGACAAUUUCCUAUAUUCCGGGCACUGCUUUUGGCGGUUGGCAAUCCAUUACAAAUUCGACUAUCGUCGUUAACGAUCCUCAAGCCACAGUAAAUGAUGGGUGCAAUGGUCUUGCAAAAUCUGUUGUAGGCGUUGUUGUUCUGUUUAAGCGUAAUAUUGAGGAUACAUGUGGUACAGUACUUCGAUGUGACACAGCAGCAGCAGCCGGUGCAACCGGCUGUCUUGUAUACAAUAGUCUUCCAGGGACAGGAUCAUCAUCUAUUCCAAGUGGAAUCAUCACCUUAGACGAUGGUCAACUCAUUGUUGCAAUAAUAGCAGGAAAUCCCUCAGCUGUAUUUACAUUCACCAAUAUAAUUGCAAUUCCAUCAAUCAAAGUUGAUGAUAGUGCAAGAGAUGAAAUGAAAGAAAAAUUUAACAUAUUAGUUCAACAAUAUGUUAAAAUUUUACAAUGCUUAGAGUUUGUUGAUAAAGAAACCAAAGCUAGUGCUUCUGAUAAUUAUAUCAGUGAUAUAAAGAAAAAUAUAUUGCAAUUGAAGGAGCUACAUGGCAAGCCAUCAUAUACGAUCUGCAUUGUUGGCUUAGAAAAAGCUGGGAAAUCAACAUUUGUCAAUGCACUUCUUGGUUAUGAACUUUUGCCAACGGCAAGUGAACGGUGUACUCAGAUACGUACCGUGCUCAAACCACCACUUGAGAAUGGUGAUCAGCAGCUGUUUGCCACUGUCAAGUUUUACGAUGACCAGGAGUUUCAUUUAUUCUUUGGUAAAAUGACAAAGAAAACAGAUGAAAAUCCACAACAGUUGCAACAACGUAAAGAUCAGGUGAUUCAAGCACGAGAAAUGUUAAAAGCUAAAUUUCCAGAAGAACAUUUUCGUAUUACUGACCUCAAUGAUGCAAAAAGAGAGCGUAUGGCUAUUAUUAAAUACUUACAUAAUUAUAUAACUGGAGAAUUGUAUGUUAAUAUUAUUAAGGAAAUUGCAAUUUAUACGGAUAAGCUACCAGGCAAGAACUACGAACUUCUAGAUGUUCCUGGUUUUGAUUCUCCCAUUAAAGAACAUCGUGAUGCUGGCUUACAAGCUAUAAAAACAGCCGACGCUUUCCUUUUUCUUACCAACGGUCAACAACCAAGUCUAACUGAACCACAGAUCCGUCUUCUCCACGAAAUUCAACAAAAUCACUUUGAAGCAAUGCAACGUGCGUUCGGUAUCAUCACCAAACUUGACUUAUGUCAAACUCCAACAAUCUAUCAAGAACAUUAUGAUAAAGCUUCUACUGAACUCAUUGAUAAACAUUUUAAACCAGAACAUAUUUAUGCUGCCUGUCCACGGAUACAAAUUCUGGAUGAAAACUCCGAAGAAUUUCGUGUUAUUAAUCGUAAACUACAUAGUUUUGGUGGCGAUUUGGAACAAGGAUUUGAACGAAGUAAAGAUGGUCUCAAUAAAUUUAUUGAAUUUGAAUUACCGAAAACACAUUUGAAACAACUAGUUAAUUUGGGACGGAUGCGAUUGGUUCGACAUGUGUUGGAACGACUUGAUAAAAUCAAGCAAACUCAACUCUGGCCACAGAAUCUGGCUAUGACGUCAAUUGAUGAGUAUAUUAAACAACACAACACCGAGAAUUGGGACCAAGUUUACUAUGAAUAUAUCUUUCAACCUGCUUUUGCCAAAGCCAAUCACUGGCAUACUACUAUUGUUACUAAAGAACGUGCAAAAUUUGUCGAUAAUGUUAAAAAGAAAUUCCAUGACUCUUUUCUCGACCUUACCGACGAAUUUCUUAAAUGCACACAUCCCAUUGAACAACUGAUGUUUGAAGCACAUGGUUACUCAAAACUUCAGUUGAAUUCACAUCCAACAGAUAACGAUGUACGCGAAAGACUAAGUAUUGAACUAGAGAAAAUUGUUGGCCAAACAUCAAAUAUUCUUGCAGAACAUUUCUAUCAUCAAUAUAUCUGUGAACUGGAAAAUAUUCUCAAUGAUAUUUGCCCACAAUUGAAAGAUUUAUAUCGUACAAAGUUAACAUUGGAAAAGUGUACACAUGAAACAUAUGCAUUAAUUCUAAGAGUUUGUCGUCCCGUAAUUAUGGCAACUCUGAGAUAUUCACAUUUAGAUUUGCCCGUUAAACAGGAUGCAAUUAAUGAAUUGAUCUAUAUUGCGCCGACUGUAGCAUUUAAUAUAGCGAAUAUUCCAGAUCAAGAUGGUGAUGUCGGAAUACUUGGUAAGGAAAUACCCAAAUCAGCGGAAUUAUUGGCUAAUAGAAGUGAGAUGACAACGUCGCUUAUUAAAACACUUUUCAAAUAA